GGUAAGGGAUAAGAACCGUGAGUGAUUCAUCCUUGACACUAAACAAUAUGACCUAAACCAGUUAGCGCCACGCGUGCAGUGGAACCGGUCGAUCCGUAAAUUGCAAGAAAACCCCCGUGUCAGAGAAUAAACAUCUUCUCCCCCACCAUACUCCUAUAGAUCUCCAGGGAGAUGCCGUGGACAGUCACCAAUUCAUUUAAGCGAGGCCUGAUGAAAACAUACGGAAGACCAACAUGGCGCGUCUAUGACGAUGAGCGAGCCGCGAAAAAAAGACGCGUCCAAGAUGAGUCCGACGAGGCCGAAACCAAUCUUCAAUACGCGAUUCGCGAGUCCUCUGCGGCCGUGUUAUCCAGCCCCUCGCGCCGAAAUUCCGUCGUGUUAUCUGAAGGCACAGUGGACGAUAUCGACGACCUCACGACGCCGCCCUCAUCGCCACCACCCCGGUUAACUCCCCCGCCCGCGAACACGCGCAAGCCGACCUUUGCAUUCCUUAAGCGUAAACAUAAGGAUGUGACGACCGGAUCUCCCCUGACAGAGGUCAACUCUAAUAGCCUGCGCGCCUCCGCGGAUCCGCCGAAGCAGAAGGCACAGAAGCCGCAGCCCCCGUUGCGUCAAAUGCAGAUCGACUUGGGUAACGAGGUGCGCAAGACGUGUGCGACGUGUGGUAUGGAAUAUAUCCCCUCCAAUACCGAGGAUGCGGCGCUGCAUAAAAAGUUUCACGAGAUGAAUUCCACCGGGGUCGAUCUGGGCAAGGCAUUCAUGCGCGCGAAUGCAUCCCGCUGGGUUUAUGAAGCGACGCGAUUUGAAGAGGGUUACGUGGUGAUUGUGGACCGCAAGGCAUCGCCCAGCGCGAAGAACCAAGCGAAGAAGGUGCUCGAGGUGGUGAAUAAGGAGUUGUCCUCUCCGGAGAUUGACGAGGAAGUGCUCUGGAGUCAAACAGAGGCCCCUGAACACCGGAAGGACCAGAAUGAAGAAGAAAAAGUCGACCGAUACCGGGUUUUCCUGCAUAUGAAGGACAGCCGCUGCGUGGGACUCUGUCUAACAGAGCGGAUCUGGGAAUCGCAACCCGUGAUUCUUGGGGAGCAGAAUGGCAACAGCUCUUCAGUGUCCGUGAAAGAUGAGCGACACCCGGCUAUUGUUGGCGUCUCUCGCAUCUGGACCUCGGGGGCAUCUCGGAGAAUGGGUAUUGCGCUCGACCUGCUGGAUUGCGUCGUUAGCAACUACAUAUAUGGUAUGGAGAUCUCCAAGGAUCAGAUUGCUUUCAGUCAACCCACCGAGAGUGGAAAACGACUGGCCUCCAAAUUCUUCGAAGAGGAGCAGACAUGGCAUGUCUAUAACGAGCGGUGA